UAAAAGCUAAAUCUACAAAGCACCCGUCAAACGAAAUCCAUCCAAAAGCAUCUCGUCUCAUCAACUUGGUCGACAGAAAGGACAGCGCUAAAAUGGUGUACGAUAGCGAACAGUGGUUCAUCGGUGGUUUCACAUAAUGCUUGUAGAUGUGGCGUAAUUUCUUACCCAAACGUACUGCAUAAUACGGGUUGGGCUCGGAUCCGUUACUCUCAAAACCAUCUCCAUGUGCAAUUUCAAUUUAAAUAUUUAUUAGGCUUGUGCAGAGCUGGCGUGCUAAUAUGUAUUAUUUUCAUCCUCCACUGCUCUCUCCCGCUCGGUACACAGGCAUUUGACUUCAUUGCAUCGGUUCAGCUACUCCCCGGACACUUUCAUAACUGUUUGACGAAUGCGUUAGGAUGGACCGUUGGCAGCAUUGCAGCCGGGCUUUGGCAGUGAUCAGUCACCGCACCGGUACGCGCACCACGCUGAGCUGAGCUCGUAGCGAGAGGAAUUCUGUCUCGCGCGCGCUGAGAGUGUUUCUUCGUCUGUGUAACGCAUUUAAUCGAAGACGACAGUGUAGUGAAAAUUCCACCAUGGACGAUGGAGACAUCUUCGGUUGGUGGUGUGACAAUUGGAAAGCGUGGCGUUACAUGGUGUCCUGUGCCAGCUAUAGCAACAGUUCGUCUUCGCUCCUUUGGGGCCCCGACGUGCUGUGCCGGUUUGACGACGGAAGUGUACGGACAAGCACAGCCACCGGCACCGGUGACGGUGCCGUCGAGCUACGGACAGGAAAUAGUACGGCACCGAUCAGCCUUUACCAGGCAGCUACACAGUGCUAUCAAUCGUUUAAGUGUGCCCUGCAUUCCUUGCUUUCCGGCAGUGAUCGACACACCGAGGAAGUGCGGUGGAACGAUGCGCUGUACGAGUGUGCCCCCGAACCGGUAUCGCCGGCCAGCUGGCAGCUACCGGGUACGGGCUGCAGUGUGGCCGCCUCACACAACAUAACGCUGAUCGUGCGCCAAGUGUUCCAGCCAGUGUCGGAACUGAUCCUGAAGCUACCGAAGCUCUUACUCCAGCUGACCGAGGUCAGCUACGGUAGCUUAGAGCCGAUCGAUACCGAUCGUAUGAUAGCUGGAGGUUGCUGGAACGCUUCGCAAGCUCUCUUUUACGGUGACUCUAGUCGGUUGCUACAGCAACCGGACCCUGUUCCACAAUCAUCGCAGCCAUCGCGCCCCACCCCCACAGUGCAGUCCCAUCGACUGGUCUGCGGCAAUGCAACCGGUGCCGAGAGUUCGUUCUUCGAAAGUGAUGCGUUCGAGCUGGUGAGUGUGUCGUUGCUCGAGCCGAUCCAGUGCUGGAUGAAUAUUGAACUGCAGAAUGCACUGGUGAGCCACUCGUGGCUGAACGGUGUGGAGCAUUCGGUAGCGGCGCUGGCGAGCUGGAACCAAACACAGUUCAUCGAUGAGAUGCCAGUCGGUGGUGGUCAUUCGUCCCAGGACCGUUACGAGUGGAGUUUCCUGUUUGUGAUUUUGUUCAUAUUCGCCGGCGGACUGGGGAACAUUCUCGUCUGCCUGGCAGUGGCGCUCGAUCGCAAAUUGCAGAAUGUCACCAACUACUUUCUGCUGUCGCUUGCCAUUGCGGAUCUGCUCGUCAGCCUGUUUGUGAUGCCACUCGGCGCCAUUCCUGGAUUUUUAGGUUAUUGGCCAUUCGGAGUCACGUGGUGCAACAUCUACGUUACAUGUGAUGUGCUGGCCUGUUCGGCGAGCAUCCUGCACAUGUGCUUCAUUAGUCUCGGCCGUUACCUGGGGAUACGGAAUCCGCUCGGCAGUCGCCAUCAUUCGACAAAGCGCUUGACGGGAAUAAAGAUUGCAUUAGUAUGGCUGUUGGCAAUGCUAGUUUCCAGCUCCAUAACCGUUCUAGGCAUGAUCAACCAAAACAACAUCAUGCCCGGCCCAAACGAAUGUGUCAUCAAUAAUCGAGCCUUCUUCGUGUUUGGCUCGCUGGUAGCAUUUUACAUCCCCAUGGUGAUGAUGGUCGUAACGUACGCACUGACCGUGCAGCUCCUACGCAAAAAGGCGCGGUUUCUCGAACAGCAUCCGGAGGGCGAACUAUUCCGAAGACUGGGAGGACGCUUGGCAUCUUCCAAACACUCCAAUAACUCUCAAAGUGAUGGCUCCUCCACUUCUAAUAAAGCGGUCGAGAUGAAGAAAUUCACCGUCAAUAACAAUAAGCAGCCGGCAUACUCGCAGCACGACUCGUCGCCACCGUCUUCGUUGCCGUCGGUGGCAGCCGCACAUAGUGCGCUUCCUUGGCGAUGGCAUGGCGCCACCACCGGCACCAGUAAAUUAGACAGAAUGAGCUCAAUCAAAGGCAGCAUGUCGCAUCCGCACCUUGGCUACAGUAACGGCGGAAACCGCACGAUCAUCGGCGGUGGCAAACGCUCCCGAACCGUCUGUGACCAGGGCACCCAAACGCCGGACAGCAUCGAGCGUGAAACGAGGCGCCAAAAAUUCUGCUCCUUCCGGAUACACCUCAACAGCGUCCCGACGCCAGCGAUAAAUUUCAAUUUGAAGUUUCUUGGCAGCAAAAAGCGCACCAACUUAUCGGCGAACGCGGUCGCUACGGAGCAGAAGGCCACCAAGGUGUUGGGUUUAGUGUUUUUCACAUUCGUGUUUUGUUGGGCCCCGUUCUUUAUUCUAAACAUUAUAUUUGCCGCGUGUCCGGAGGCAAAGGUUCCGGAGAGGAUUGUCAGCAUAUGUCUCUGGUUAGGUUAUGUUUCGUCGACGAUAAAUCCUAUCAUUUACACGAUCUUCAACAAAACGUUCCGGGCCGCGUUCAUUCGCCUGCUGCGCUGCAGAUGCGAACGCUCUGGACGACCACCAAGAUAUCGAUCGGUUACGGAUAGCCGCGGUGCGAUUAGUCUCUGCACACCGUCAGCCUUACCGUUAGCCAUAUCACUGCAAGGGUCAUCACUACUCACGCCUUCCACUACGCAGGCCACUCCUCUAAGCGACUUUCGCGGAAGUUACGAAAUCACGGACGACGAUUGUUGAACAAGAUCGAGUUGAUCCGUAGGGUCCGUAUUAAAUUUGUUCCAAAUGUUUGGAAGCAACGGCUUCCUGCUCGAACACAUGUAGCCUGUAGUUCAGUAUGUAACCGAAUGUACAAACUACCACACCUGUCAGUCGGCAGUUUCACUCCUCCCUACCACCCCCUUCCAUAAAUACCCGUCCCAGAACGUACAAAUAAGUUCACUGAUCCUACCGAUGGCAGUUGAAUAGCAAUCAUUUUAAAUACUUAAAAAUGUACUAGCACAUAACUGUUACGGAACUCCACCAAAUAAGGCUUAUAGGCAAGAGAAAUAAGAAAAUGACAGUAUUUUGUAAGGCAAUUAGCGUUGUUUGAACUGUG